ACCUGCAGGAGCCGUCUGGGAAAAGCUUCCACUUUAAUAUGCAACAUCCCGAAAAGUUGAUCAUCUCGGGAUGCGUCUGUGUGGCUUUUGAAACAUACUAGCAAAAGUAUGGCUCAGUGACAUAACAACACAAGUUGACGAGGCUUGCUCAACACAACAACUUUAUUCUCUAAGCAUCUUGGGUAAUACAACAACUUAACACAACUUCCGGUUACGAAUAUAUUACAGCUUUUGCUUUCAUUGUUUUCUACAAGACAAAGCAGACUGGUUCCCUUUGAUUACAGUGCUGUAUGUUACAGUUGUUCUUAUAUAAAGCAAUCAGUAACUGCCAGGCUACUAAGCUGUAAAAAUUCAAAAUGGUGGUCAACACGGAGAUUCUUCUUCAAGCUUGGAGAGAAAGAUGGACCCCUUUACAGUGGCUUGUAGAAGUAAAAAAACUAGCAGGAAAGGACAAAAAAGACCUCGAUGAUUUAGCAGAAUGUCUUGUUCAACAGGCUACAUUUGGCAGUACACCAAGUACUUUGAUAUUGUCAUAUCUUAAUCAUGGGAUUGCUACCAAGGUUAUUUCCUGUUCAUCAGCUUUGACAGCAGUCCAUCAGUUUCAGAAUGUUACAAAGCACAAGUGCUUGUCAGCUUUAUUGGAUCUCCUCCUUAGUUUUGUUCCAACUAUAAGUUGCCCAGAAAGAGAUGAAGAAUGUCUGAAGCUGGCAGUUUCCUUGGUCAAGAUAGUCUACUGGCUUCUAAUUGUUGUUACAAGGCUGCUGAAAUUGUGUAUAGAGUCAGUACGUCUGUCUGGAGGUGCAGAUGCACCAUUUCAUGUGUCUAAUGUUGGAAAAUGCAACAAAGCUUUUGGACAUGUCAUGGGCUCUUCAUCUUACAGAGCUAUGGUCAUUGUAGGAAAGAUGGAGGAGCAUGCCAUGGCAUCAGAAUUGGACCGACAAUUGCAAGCACAUCUCAAGGACCUUAUCAUGACACAGACAGUUGUCCCUGAAAUGCAGCCCUACAUUAAAGAACUUAUGGUUAAUUUCAGCAGGUUGCAGAGUCUAAACUUGUCAUCUGGUAGUAGUGAUAUCAGUCCAGGUCAUGUUCCAAACAUGUCUGUCCAGAUUCUCACUCAGUUUCAGGUUUUAGUGAGUCCUUCGUACACUCCAAAUCAAGUUGCUGAUGUGAUGGAUUGCAUCAUGCAUGCUCAGAAUGUGGCAAGACAUCAGUUGUACUUAGAGUUUCUGAGAUCAGCCAUAGUGGGCCUGUUAGAAGCUCCUGAGAAAUCAAUGGAAGAAAUAUUAUGGACAGGGUUUCUGUUUUUGAAGGUUCCAAUUGUGAUUCGUCUUUUGGAGACAAGAUCCCAGCCUUCUGUGCAACUCCAGCCAAACCCUGGGGAACACUCCACAGCGCACAAUGCAUUUCAACAACUGCUGCAGUUUGCUCCCCUGCUGGAUGAUGCAGACCUCAAGUGCAGGUGUAACUGCUAUAAAGAACUGAUUCAACAGUAUUGCAAAGACCUCAAUCAGCAGACUGGAGAUAGGAUUGGACAACUUGUCUCUCAGAGACCAUUGUCAGCUGAAGUACAAAAUAUGUUAAGCAGCCAGUUAACUUUUAACAACCCUGCACAGCAAAUCCAGGAUGAAGAAAGCAGAAUUUUGGAAAUAAUUGGGGCACUGGAAUCCGAUCUCAGCAGCAGGGAUGAGAAAUUUCUGAACCCUCUGAAGAAUGUGGAAAAGUUUAAAUGGAUGACUGUGGCAGCAGCAAGCGUGGGAAAACUUCAAAACCUUAUAAGAGGACUUGUUAAAAUUACUGACCAAACUGUUCACGCUGCUACAGACAAAGAAGAUGUUAAACGAGGAAACAUCAGAGGAGAGCUGUUCAACACUUCUUUUCUAUUGCUGUGUCAUAUUGGGCAGGUGUAUGGUCGAAAGGUUGUACUGGACGUUGCCAAGAAUCGGUCACCUGCUCCAUUUGUUAUUCAAUGGAUCUCUCGCCACAUUCCAGACAUUGACAAGUGGAGGUCAUUUAUUCCUGAUACACAGCACUCGCCCAACCAAGCGGCAAUUAACGAACUACUCGAUCAAUUCUUCAGUAACUCAGCAUUUCCUGCAAGCCAAGCCAACUGGGAUGAACACUGCACGAACGUGUCCAGUGCCUUGCAUCAUGUACUGAAGGCGUGGCAAUGUGACUCCAAAGCUGUACCUCCUGAGCAGUUACAGAAAUUGUGCGAGCUUCUCAAGUACGAGGCACCUGCGCUGGCCGUUUGUGCUUGUUCAUGGAGCUGUGGACAUAUUUAUACUCUGACUGCAGAAGAAAGAAAACACCCCUUGCGGUUAGUGGGUUUUCUCCUCAAUCCUGUCAAUCCCAAAGGAAUGCCCAAGGAGUUUGUAGACAGCUGUGCUAUGUUGUUAGAAGUCAUGAAGAGAAUGUCGUCCAGUGUAGAAGGAAAAGAUAACACAUGGGAUGAUAAUGCAGAUAAACCGGUAUCAACUGGCAGGCCUGUGUCCAAGACUCUUGGAACUUUGUUCACAGACGUUGUCAAGGCGCGGCAGCUCAGUAAUAGGACACUUGAACAGUUCAGGCAUCUGUUAACUACAGGAGGAAACGAGUGGUUUAUUUACAAUAUCAUCAAGGAAAUAUUAAAGUUUACCCGGCAUGAAGAAAUUGUCCUAGCAGCUGACUUGGCCAGCAGCCUUCUAAUGUUUGAUGCCCAGGGCUUGGUGCCAUGCCUGCUUCAACAAGUUCUACCGCUGAUCAUGAAUCACGAAGAAGCUGAUACCAUAUUAGAAGAUCCAAAGGGCUGGGCUCUUGCUCGGUUGAUGGCACACACGGUGUGCUUAGGGAUUACUCUUGAACAAACGCUGUCAAGAGGAGAUUUGAAGGAUGAGGAAACUGAACGCCCUACCAAAAUAAAGAGGCUAGACAGUUUCUCUCUUCACAACUCGAGAUCUUCAUCGCGCGUACAGCAGGCCCUAGUUCGUCUUUGUGAUGAUUUUAUUGCCUCCAUGAAAACGACUGAAGUGGGACCAGUACCAGCGUUAGUCGUGUCGUUUCUUCAACAAGCUGUGGCCAGCAGUAACACCGUCGUUAGACCAUUAUCGGCCUGUUUACCUGAAGAUUUGGUAAAGGAAAUAUUGGAAUUAUCUCCUAGCCUACAAAACACACCUGACGUACUUUUGGGUUUGUGUAAUAUGAAGACAAAAGAUGGACGACAACUUUGUGCCAAGGCGCUCUGUCACAAUAUAUGAACAAAGUGAAACAAAUGAAAGGAGAGCUCUACAGCUGUGGGGUAUCAAGAAUAAACAAGGUUUAACAUUCAAAAGUAGGGAAGUGAGAGCUCCAUAGCGGCAUGUCAAGGCUCUCUGGCAAAACACGAACAAGGUUUGGCAUUGGAAAGAAGAAAAGUGAGAGCUGUGCAGCUGUAGAUCAAGGCUCUCUGUAAAAACGUAAACAAAGUGGAGCAUAGGAAAGCAGAGACGUGAGAGCUCCAUAGCUGUAUGUCAAGACUCUCUUGCAAAACACGAACAAGGAGCAUUGGAAAGCAGAGAAGUUAAUGCAUCACAGCUAAAGAUCAAGGCUCUGUAGAAACAUAAACAAGAUGGAGCGGAAAGCAGAGAAGUGACAGCUCGAUAUGUCAAGGCUCUCUUACAAAACACGAACAAGGUUGAAUAUUGGAAAGAAGAGAAGUUAAUGUACCAUAGCUGAAGAUCAAGGUGGAGCAUUGGAAAAACGGCGAGGUCCACAGCUGUAUAUCAAAGCCUAGCUCUGAAAGAGAGACGUUUGCUGAUAUGAGUCAUGGAGAGGAACAGUGGAUUGCAGUUUGAAAGGAGCCACAACGAAUUAACAAGACUGCGAAUUUAUUUAAACACGAUUAAAAUAUCAGUCGUGAUAAAACAUUCACUUCGCUGACAUAACUAAGCAGAUUGUUAUACCACCAAACUGUGAGCAUUUACAUUCACUGUACGUGUUCAACUAAAUGAGUGGAUACAGGUCGUAAACGUGACCGUGUCAAGGUUACAACCGUUACUUGUAGAUACUGUACAUAGUUUGUGAAUUCAACUCCUCGUCGUAGUUCCUGUGAACGAUGAGAUAUAGGUGGCAUGCACUGGCGAAAGGAUAACGUCGAAUUCCAAAAAGUGAUUUUGGAAAGAGACGUUACUGGGGAGGAGAAAAAGAGAGCUUUUUGGGGCCUGGCCAUCUCUCUCGUUCCCAGUGCUCUCUCGCCUCGAGUCCUAAGGGCUCCAAGCCCGUCAACGUUUAUGCUCUUUUUGACGUGUUCCUACAAAGGAAAUGUACCCAACAUCUGCUCAAACAUUCGCUUUAUUGUGGCCCUACAUGGAUAAACCAACAUUGUACCCAGUUACGAAAGAAAGCCAAAUUUAUUUGCUUCUGUUAGGAAAUAUAGCUCAUUCAGUUUUCUCUCUAACCAACGCUCGGAAAUGUAAAUAAACUUUUUUCGUAAUGAUAACGUCAUAGAAAAGUAAAUUAUUUUGAUGGUCA